CCUGGAGGGAAGUGGGAGAAGCCCCACUCUGUGAGGUCAUAGAAGGUGGGUGUGACCAGGAGAGCAGCCAUGUGGUGCCCAGAGGGAUCUCCGCUCCUCCAGCUCCUGUGGGCUUUCGCUGUUCCCACUAAGGUGAUCCUGGCUGCCCCUCCACUUGGGACAGCACCUGCAGAAAAUCUGGGGGCUACCAAUGAGUUGAUGGACACUUCGCCACGUCAGCCCCUGUGGUUUGAUUAUCCUGACUCCGAUAGAAAGAAGAUCCUUGCUAUUUAUAAGCUUAUUGGAGAAGAGCAUGAAUUUGUUGGCCCAAGUGUCUUCCCCUACUUCCUACGUUAUAUCCUCAUUGGAUCCGUCAUCCUCAUCCUGCUCUUCUUCCUCUAUCAAAUAAUCUCCAAACUGUACGUGCUGUAUUGCCAGUACAUUCAUCUUUGGCUGGGGGGAGGAGGAUCAGUGGUACCAAAAAAAAAUAAAAAAUCAUUUUAGAACUCCAAAGUCUUGUGGGCUGGAGAUCUUCUGUAGACUGGUACGUGUAUUACACAAGUUCGAAAUGUGCUCUGCCAGGCCUGCAAGGGCUUGUGGGGAUCCUCUUGCUCAUUUUGCGGAGGGAGGUGUCUCUGGCCGUGUGCUCUCAUGCCUCACCCCAAUAGCAACACUGGGAUUGUUGAUUUAUUCUUAUGCCUAUUGAUAGGUGCUUGCAUGCACACACCAACUUCUUCCUGGUUUUCUUUUAGAUUGGCAAAGAGGUCAACUAUGUGAUUAAGGUUCGGAAGGCGAGAUACGACACUGCUGCCAACGAGCCACCUCCUGCCUCUUUCCACUUCAAUAAAACAUUCUCCCGUUGGA